UUUAAAAAAAACCGCGUAAGUUGCAGUGGAUCGCAAGAACGCAAUUACUAAACUAUAUAUAUAAUAAAAAAUCAAGGAGAAAGAACAUGAAGAUAAAGCUGUUUUUAUGCAUAUACUUGAGUUGCAUAGCGACUGUAAUUGCAUUACCAAUAAAUAAAACUGCCAUCAACACAAUACGUCCCAUUGUGCCUAAUAUAGUUAAAACAUCAAAUCAAGAUUUAUUGCGUCUUUAUCAGUCGUCGCAAGAUCCAGAAGUCCGUCCCGGCUUGUUUGAAGGAGAUAUAGCUGUAACUAGUGAGCAUUUUAAUUAUUUGCGCAUCGGUUUACGCUGGGACGUCUUUCCAGAUAAGCUAUGGGAGAACAGAACAGUUCCUUAUGUGAUAAGUCCUCUAUACAAUGUUGCGAAUUAUGAGAAAAUAUAUAAAGCCAUCAUUUAUAUGAAUUAUAUGACAUGCAUCAAGUUUGUUCCCUGGGAUGGUAUAGCUAAGGACUUCUUGCUCAUUUGGCCGAUAAUGUAUCCCAAAGGAUGCUGGUCAUUUGUGGGCAAAUUUGGUGGAGCUCAGAUACUCUCCCUGGAACCGCCGGAUGAAAAGGGACCGAAUUGCUUGGAAAACGAAGGGAGGGCGAUACAUGAAUUAAUGCACGCCCUCGGUAUUUUUCAUGAACACAGUCGUGCUGAUAGAGAUAUGUACAUAAACAUACAUUAUGAGAACAUUAUACCAGAAUUUCGAUCAAACUUCAACAAGCAAUCUCCGGAGAAUGCAACAUACAGCUAUGAAUACGGAUAUGACAGCAUAAUGCAUUACGGCAGCUACUUUUUUAGCAUUGAUCCUACGAAACAGACUUUGACACCGAAAAUGUCCAACAUCACGAUUGGUCAACGAAAAGCGAUGAGUAAAACCGAUUGCCUGAAACUGAACAAUCUUUAUGGAUGUUUGGACAAAUCAGAGGAAGCACAGAUUUAUUAUAAUAUUUGCAAAACGUUAGGAUUAUAGGAUAAAAAUAACUUUUAGAGAUACUAAUGUUUGGACAAUAAAAAUUACAAAGAAUGAUGGCAUCUAGAUUAUUGAUCUCCUGCAACAGUUUCCACAAUCUGAAAUUAACACAAAAUUAUGGAUAUUAAAAUUUGACUUGUGAAAUUUGUUUACAAAAUUAUAAAAGCUACAAUAUUGUCAGUUCUUCUUAGAGGUAAAUAUGUGUGGUAAAAUCACAGUUUAUCAUAUAACAUAAUCAUCAUAUAUAUUUAACAAUAAUU